AUGGCGGAGUACCUGGCGUCCAUUUUCGGCACAGAGAAAGACAAGGUAAAUUGUUCCUUCUACUUCAAAAUCGGAGCGUGCAGACAUGGCGACCGCUGCUCACGAUUGCAUAACAAACCAACUUUCAGCCAGACUAUCUUGAUUCAGAACAUCUACCGUAAUCCUCAGAAUAGUGCCCAGACAGCUGACGCCUCUCGCUGUGCCGUCAGCGAUGUGGAAAUGCAAGAGCAUUAUGACGAGUUCUUUGAGGAGGUGUUUACAGAAAUGGAGGAGAAAUAUGGAGAGGUGGAGGAGAUGAAUGUCUGUGACAACCUCGGAGAUCACCUUGUGGGCAAUGUUUAUGUGAAGUUUCGUCGUGAGGAAGAUGCGGAGAAAGCCGUCAUGGACCUGAACAAUCGGUGGUUUAAUGCACAGGCCGUCCACGCAGAGCUCUCUCCGGUCACUGACUUCAGGGAAGCCUGCUGUCGGCAGUAUGAAAUGGGGGAAUGCACUCGAGGAGGUUUCUGCAAUUUUAUGCAUCUGAAGCCCAUUUCACGAGAACUUCGUAGGGAGUUGUAUGGACGCCGAAGAAAAAGGCACAGGUCUCGCUCUCGUUCUCGGGAGCGCCGUUCUCGCUCCAAGGAUCGGCGGAGGGACCGAGACCAAACAGACGCCCUCGCCGCCUCCAAUCACCUCCAGCCAUUUAACAUCGCCUACGUCACACUCACUCGACCCACGUGUUCCUUCCGAAAUGCUUCUCUGUGCUUUGUCGCCGGAGGACCAGUCAUCAGCGCGCUCUCCUGCACUACGCCUGCCUCUGCAUCGCUGCGUUUAUCAUCACCAUCGUCUUCCGUGAUCAAUUGCCGAUUCUUAGGUCGAAUAAUGCCGUCAGUCCCUUUGCCCAAAGAGAGCCCUGCGGUCAACGGGUCGCUGUGCCCACACGCCACCAAGAUCCUGAACAGAGAUUCCAAGCCUUUCCCACUCAACGGCCUGGAUAAGAAGCAGGACUUGCCCGAUGCGGAGGACUCCAGCAGAACUAUUCAGAUCAACACAAAGAACGGGGCUGUGGAGAGAAAAUGGAUCCGCCCUGACCUCCCCAGUCGCUGCACCUGGAGCAUGGGAGGCUCCAACGCAGACUCUCCCCACACGCAUGUGCCAAAACCACCCAAUCCAUCUAUUCUUCCAAACAUCCUCCAUCGUAUUGGGGACACUCCUCUUGUGCGCAUCAACAAGAUUCCCAAAGCUUAUGGGCUCAAAUGUGAACUCUUGGCUAAGUGUGAGUUCUUCAACGCUGGAGGCAGUGUGAAGGACCGGAUCAGCCUGCGGAUGGUGGAAGACGCAGAGAGAGCGGGGAUCCUGAAGCCUGGGGACACCAUUAUUGAGCCUACUUCUGGAAACACAGGGAUCGGGCUGGCUCUAGCAGCCGCUGUGAAAGGAUAUCGCUGCAUUAUUGUCAUGCCUGAGAAAAUGAGCAUGGAAAAGGUGGAUGUACUGAGAGCUCUUGGGGCUGAAAUCGUCCGUACCCCCACCAGCGCCCGCUUUGAUUCCCCGGAGUCUCAUGUGGGUGUGGCCUGGCGCCUCAAGAACGAGAUCCCCAACUCUCACAUCCUGGAUCAGUACCGAAACGCCAGCAACCCUUUGGCCCACUACGACACCACCGCUGAGGAGAUCCUGGCUCAGUGUGACGGUAAAGUCGACAUGUUGGUAGCUGGAGCGGGAACAGGAGGGACCAUUACUGGCAUUGCACGUAAACUAAAGGAACGCUGCCCUAAUGUCAAAAUUGUUGGGGUGGAUCCAGAAGGCUCUAUACUCGCUGAGCCUGAAGAGAUUAACAAAACCGACAAAACCCAAUACGAGGUGGAGGGCAUCGGGUACGACUUUAUCCCAACAGUGCUGGACAGAUCGGUCAUUGACGCGUGGUACAAAUCCAAUGACGAGGAGUCGUUUAACAUGUCUCGAAUGUUGAUCCGAGAGGAAGGAUUGCUGUGCGGAGGCAGCUCUGGCACGGCGAUGGCUGCUGCAGUAAACGUGGCCAAAGAGCUGAAAGAAGGCCAGCGCUGCGUGGUGAUCUUGCCAGACUCCAUCCGAAAUUACAUGUCCAAAUUCCUGAAUGACAAGUGGAUGGUUCAGAAGGGAUUCCUGAGUGAGGAGGACCUGAUGGUGAAGAAACCCUGGUGGUGGAACUUGAAACUCCAGGGCUUGAACUUGUCAGCUCCACUCACUGUUUUGCCAAGUGUGACCUGUCAAAAGACAAUAAAAAUUCUUAAAGAGAAAAGUUUUGAUCAAGCCCCUGUAGUGGAUGAGUCAGGUUUGAUCCUCGGUAUGGUGACUUUGGGCAACAUGUUGGCCUCUAUUCUCGCUGGGAAAAUCAAGAUCUCAGACCCAGUCAGUAAAGUGAUCUACAAACAGUUCAAACAGGUCCGUCUGACUGACAACUUGGGGAAAGUGUCACGCAUUCUGGAGACGGACCACUUCGCCCUGGUGGUGCAUGAACAGAUCCAAUACCUGACUGACGGCUCCCCCUCACUGAAGCAGAUGGUCUUUGCCACAGACUCAGGCCCACAGCAGAGGCACAGCAGAGGCACAGCAGAGGCAGGAGCAGAGCCACAGCAGAGGCACAGCAGAGGCAGGAGCAGAGCCACAGCAGAGGCACAGCAGAGGCAGGAGCAGAGCCACAGCAGAGGCACAGCAGAGGCAGGAGCAGAGCCACAGCAGAGGCAGGAGCAGAGCCACAGCAGAGGCACAGCAGAGGCACAGCAGAGGCAGGAGCAGAGCCACAGCAGAGGCACAGCAGAGGCAGGAGCAGAGGCAGGAGCAGAGCCACAGCAGAGGCACAGCAGAGGCAGGAGCAGAGCCACAGCAGAGGCACAGCAGAGGCAGGAGCAGAGGCAGGAGCAGAGCCACAGCAGAGGCACAGCAGAGGCAGGAGCAGAGCCACAGCAGAGGCACAGCAGAGGCAGGAGCAGAGGCACAGCAGAGGCAGGAGCAGAGCCAGAUCAGAGGCACAGCAGAGCCACAGCAGAGGCAGGAGCAGAGCCACAGCAGAGGCACAGCAGAGGCAGGAGCAGAGGCAGGAGCAGAGCCACAGCAGAGGCACAGCAGAGGCAGGAGCAGAGCCACAGCAGAGGCACAGCAGAGGCAGGAGCAGAGGCAGGAGCAGAGCCACAGCAGAGGCACAGCAGAGGCAGGAGCAGAGCCACAGCAGAGGCACAGCAGAGGCAGGAGCAGAGCCACAGCAGAGGCACAGCAGAGGCAGGAGCAGAGCCACAGCAGAGCCACAGCAGAGGCACAGCAGAGGCAGGAGCAGAGGCAGGAGCAGAGCCACAGCAGAGGCACAGCAGAGGCAGGAGCAGAGCCACAGCAGAGGCAGGAGCAGAGCCACAGCAGAGGCACAGCAGAGGCACAGCAGAGGCAGGAGCAGAGCCACAGCAGAGCCACAGCAGAGGCACAGCAGAGGCACAGCAGAGGCAGGAGCAGAGCCACAGCAGAGGCACAGCAGAGGCAGGAGCAGAGCCACAGCAGAGGCACAGCAGAGGCACAGCAGAGGCACAGCAGAGGCACAGCAGAGGCAGGAGCAGAGCCACAGCAGAGGCAGGAGCAGAGCCACAGCAGAGGCACAGCAGAGGCACAGCAGAGGCAGGAGCAGAGCCACAGCAGAGGCAGGAGCAGAGCCACAGCAGAGGCACAGCAGAGGCACAGCAGAGGCAGGAGCAGAGCCACAGCAGAGGCACAGCAGAGGCAGGAGCAGAGCCACAGCAGAGGCACAGCAGAGGCAGGAGCAGAGCCACAGCAGAGGCACAGCAGAGGCAGGAGCAGAGCCACAGCAGAGGCAGGAGCAGAGCCACAGCAGAGGCACAGCAGAGGCAGGAGCAGAGGCAGGAGCAGAGCCACAGCAGAGGCACAGCAGAGGCAGGAGCAGAGCCACAGCAGAGGCACAGCAGAGGCAGGAGCAGAGGCAGGAGCAGAGCCACAGCAGAGGCACAGCAGAGGCAGGAGCAGAGCCACAGCAGAGGCACAGCAGAGCCACAGCAGAGGCAGGAGCAGAGCCAGAUCAGACCCAGGAUCAGAGCCAGGAUGGCGGAGCAGGGCAUUCUGUGCGACUUGAAGAGUCUGGAACAACAGCUACAGUCUCUGUUCAGCCGUUUCGCACAAACGGAUUUACAAACCGACAGUAAACCAUUCUGUUCGACCUUUUGCAAGCUGGUGGAAUACUAUGCGUCACGCUGGAAGGGGCCACUGCCACAGCUCGGGAUCCUGGAGAGAGCCCUUUGCUGCUUCACCCAGGCCUCUGUGUUCUUCACAGUGAACUGUGAUCAUGUGCUCCGGACACUUAGCAGCCUUGCCUUAAGUAUUUUUGAGUUGCUGCUUUUCUUUGACCAGACGGACUUUUUUCAAAAUCCUUUGAAAAAGACCACAGUUACAUUCCAGGAAUGUUUCGCAGCCCUUGCAAAGUAUCAGAAUGUUCACUUGCUUCAUGUAGAGCGAUUACUCAGAGCUGGUGGGCCUUGGACAAACCAAAAUUUACAUGCCAUUCUCAGUGAAUCUCCCUUACCUCAGACAGAAGUGGAGGAAUGCAUCACCUCUGAGCCUCCUGUGUUCUUUGAGUUGCGAGUGCGUUACCUUCUGUCCUGUCAGCGGCUACCAGAGGCUCAGGCUUUGGCCAAAUGUUGUGCUGGGCAUCCCUCUGUCGGGCAGCACUUGUUCUUCUACCAGGUCUACCUCACUGGGCUUUAUAAAACUGUAGAUCAUGAGCGCCUACUAGAGGAGUUUGCCGACUUCAGAGGGAAAGAUGCAGUCCACUUUCUCUGCACUUUGGAGAGCGAAGAGAAUGAUGAGCUGCUGCUGGACUUCAGCCGAGCUUUUCUCUCUCUACAAAUGCACAGAGGAGACAUGCACUUUCUUUGUGACUUAGUUUCUAUUUGGGGACGACUUCAUAGUCGAUUAAAAACCCCAAAAAAAGUUCUUCUUGAAGAGUGUGAGCAGUUGAUUCUAUCUACCACCAACGUUAAUGCUAUUUUUCCCUUUAUCAAAGUCAUAAUACGUGAGUUGAAUGAAGAAGGGGUCCAGUUCUGUGUGGAGCUUUGUGCUAACGCUCUACGCUCUUGCCUUCCCUGUGAUGUCAUCACCAAGUCUCUGAUUUACAAAACAAUGGCCAGCCUCGUGCCCCGCGACCUGGAGAUCUGCCGAGCCUGUGCCCUCCUUGUGUUCUUCUUGGAGCGCUCUGUGGAGGCCUAUAAAAUGGUGUACAUUCUAUAUAUGCUUCCGGAUCAGGAAUAUCAUGUUGAUUGCUGCCCAAUUGGGAAUUGUGUUCGCUUUGAAACCCUGCAGGCUCUGAAGAAGGAUUUGUACUUUGACCCAGAGUUUUGGAACCUCAUUGCUUUGAGAACAAACUGUUUGAAACUUAUGAACGAGAAAGUUUUGAGUGCUGCGCUGGACGAAAUUAUGGAAGAAAACUCCAGUGAAGUCAAUGGUGGCCCAAUAUUCAAGGCAGGAAACCAUUCAGAGCACAAUAGUGGAAAUCCUGCAAAGAGAAAAUCUUCGAACAAAGAACUUACACCAAAAAUCCCCGGUGAGGAGCAAGGCGAGACCUGCUUAAAAGACACUCGCAUCUACAACUGGACGGCCGUGAGUGCGCCGGUGGAGCCGGAGAGUCCUCUGGCCACGUUUGAGAAAGCUCUGAGCGAAUACAAGAAGAAACCAUACAUGCGUCUUCCUGCCACCGCUUACCUAGAGGAGCGCUUCACUGUCAUGCCCAAACGCCGAAAAGACCUGUCCAUGUUUAUCGGAGCGUGCAAGAAAGUGCCCAAGAAGCCCGAAGCCACGCCGCCGGUACCACCGCCGCCGCCGCAGAGACAGCGCUGUACCAAGUGCUUCAGCACCUUCAGCAGCGACCAGGAGCUGCAGAGGCAUGUCAAACAGACCUGCUCCAGCCUCUUUGGAUUUGACUCUGAUGAGGAAGGUGCCAGUUGA